AUGGCCGACACAGCAGCUGGCCCGACGAGGCCGCAGCGCCGGCCCUCCUCUCCCCUCAAGAACGGCUACUUGAUCCUCUACAACUUCGUCUCCGCCGUCGCCUGGGCCACCGUCCUCGGCCGCACCCUCGCCCUCUUCUUCCUCCGCGGGCCGCACUUUGUGCACCUCGGCGUCGGCGACUGGACGCGCUGGACGCAGACCGUGGCCGCCAUGGAGAUCUUGCACGCGUUGCUCGGCGUCGUUCGUGCCCCCGUCUUCACGACCGCCAUGCAGGUCCUCAGCCGCUUCGUCCUCGUCUGGGGCGUCGUGUACCCCUUCCCCUGGCUCGCGCGCAGCACCUGGUACUCGUCCAUGCUGCUGGCCUGGAGCGUUACCGAGGUCAUCCGCUACUCGUACUUUGCACUCAACCUCAGCGGCUUCCAGCCCAGGCCCCUGACCUGGUUGCGCUACAACACCUUCUUCGUGCUGUACCCCAUCGGCAUCACGAGCGAGUGCGCCCUCAUCUACCUGGCUGCUGAGCCCGCCAGGCAGUUCGGCGAGGUGUUCCCGUACGUCGCGUACGCCAUCCUCGCCGUCUACGUUCCCGGCUCGUACAUCCUGUACACGUACAUGAUGAAGCAGCGAAGCAAGGUCAUGCGUAGUCUGAAGGCCGAGGAGGCGGGCCGCGCAAAGACUCAGUAG